GACACAGGCAGAGAGCACACACACAAACACAAACGCAGUUGUUGAUAGAAAGGAAAGAUGAACACUGACAUCACUGCCUCGACGAAGCCAGAGUACCCUGUGAUUGAUCGUAACCCUCCAUUCACCAAAGUGGUCGCAAACUUCAGCACCCUCGAUUAUCUCCGAUUAGUGACCAUCUCUGGCGUUUCCGUCACCGUCGGCUACCUCUCCGGGAUUAAGCCUGGAAUCAAGGGACCUUCGAUGGUGACUGGGGGUUUGAUUGGAGUCAUGGGUGGCUUCAUGUACGCUUACCAGAACUCCGCUGGUAGACUCAUGGGUUUCUUCCCUAACGACGAUGAGGUAGCUCGCUUCAACAAGAAAUGACCAUUUUCCCAAUCAAGCUUUCAUCUUUCAAAAAUUAAAAAUAAAAAAAAUACUCUUUUCUAGGGCUCACAAUGUUGCCUUUCAAUAAUCAGAUUCCUUUUACCUCUUUGUUCUUGUGAUUGUUGAGCUGCAUUUCCUUUUAUCUUUUGAAUUUUAAGCUUAUAUCUGUAACAAAUAUACUUUAUUGUCCUUAUGGCGGAAUGAUAAAUCGUAUGCUGGUUGGAGACAACAGAAGGGCAUUUGAUUUUUUUAGUUGAGAGAUUCGGUGGGUCAAUUUGGUAUGCAAGUUUGUAGAUUUAUGUGUUUUGUUUGUUUGAGGUUUAUUUUCCAGAUAGACCAUGAUCAAUUUUAGGGCAACAGCGUUCUAGGAAUGCAACUCUAGGAACGCACUGAAUUUGAUUUUAUCAUUUUCUUUGAAUGCAACUCUAGGAAUUAUGUGCUGUGUGCUUCUUAUCAGCAAUGGAAAUGGAACAAAUAUUGUGCUUGACCGCAAUAAAUUGUUUUGCGUUGGUGGAGUGGAGUGGCAAUUGUAGAUAUACCUACCCGUAAUCAUUAAUUUGUCACCGCAGUAAAUAU